AUGAGAUCUCAAUUCGGAAAACUUGAUGUAACCAUAAAGGAGCUUGAGAACAAGCUAAACUCUCUUCAGUGUCUCCCGGUGGGAUCCCGUGACUGGAACCAAGAACGUGUUAUUCGACAGGAACUGAAUGAGUCAUUAGAAAGAAAGGCGAUUUACUGGAAACAAAGGGCCAGAAUUUCUUGGCUCAAAGAUGGGGACAAGUGCUCAAAGUUUUUCUUCCUAUCGGCAACCAUUAGGGGUCGUCGUAAUGCCAUCGAAAGUAUCUUAAAUAAGGAUAAUGUCUGGAUCUCUGGCCGGGAAGCAGUUGGGCGUGAAUUCCUGGACCACUUCAAGGGUAUCUUUAUGGAGAGUGUGAAUUGUCAGGGUUAUAACUGCUCCCAUCUGUUCCCCGAGCAAAGCCCUCGGGAGGAGUUGGAGGCUAUUAUCUGUUCCCCGAGCUCGGAUGAGAUCAAAAAAACUUUGUUCGCUAUGAACAACCAUAAAGCUCCGGGUCCGGAUGGGAUGUCUGUUUUGUUUUAUAAACAUUAUUGGGAAUCGGUGGGUGAAGAUUUCUGUGCAGCUGUUCAUGACUUCUUCGUUAAUGGCAGGAUGCAUAGAGGGAUUAAUGCUACUAAUAUUGUGCUCAUCCCAAAGGUCCAAAAUCCCAAACGCACAAACCACUUCAGGCCGAUUUCUUUGUGUAACGUGGUGUACAAGGUUAUAGCUAAGAUAUUAGCGAAUAGGCUAAAACCUAUUCUUCCUUCGAUUAUUUGCCCUACCCAAGCUGCUUUUGUCCCUGGGAGGAAUAUCCAUGACAAUAAUGUGAUUAUCCAAGAAGUCAUUCAUUCCUUUAAUCGGAAGAAGGGCAAGGAGGGGUUUUUUGCUAUCAAAAUUGAUCUUGUCAAGGCUUAUGACAGGCUGAGCUGGAAGUUUAUUGAUCAUGUCCUGGAGUGCUCGGGCAUCCCCUCAGAUUUCCGUCGUAAAAUCUCGCAGUGUAUUUCAACCACGACCCUCAAUGUGUGUCUCAAUGGGGGGCAGGUGGGGAACAUUACCCCCUCUUGUGGGCUCCGCCAAGGAGACCCUCUCUCCCCCUAUCUCUUCAUCUGGGCCGCUGAAGUCCUUUCAAGGUUGAUCUCCCAAUCCCUUCACCGAGACCUCAUUAAGGGUAUAAAGCUUAGCAGGGGUGGCCCGGUGCUCUCCCAUAUUUUCUUUGCUGAUGAUUUAAUUUUGGUGGGGAGAGCUAAUCUAAUUGAGGCAAAUGGUUUCUGGAGCUGCCUCGAGAGAUUUUGCUCGUGGUCGGGUCAGCAGGUAAAUAAGCUCAAAACAACUAUUUUCUUUAGCAAGAAUACCCCAAUGGAAAUGAGGCGUGAAAUCAAGGAGGCUUUGGGCAUUGACUAUCCGGAGGGGUGUAUUAAGUACUUGGGUCUGCCCCUUUUUAGAUCAAGGCAAAAGGACGCUGACUUCAACUUUAUCUUAGACAAUCUCACUGCAAAGCUUCAAGGUUGGAAGGCCAAAACUUUGUCAAAGGCAGGGCGUGCAACUCUAAUAAAAUCUGUGGGCCUGUCGAUGCCAAUGUAUGCUAUGCAAACCACUAAACUAUCUUCCCGAAUGGUUAAUCGAAUUGAUGGUUUGGUUCGAGAUUUCUGGUGGGGCUUUGAGAAAGGAAACCAUGGCAUUCAUCUGAGAGCGUGGGAUAAACUCUGCCUUCCGAAAUCUUUAGGCGGGCUGGGUUUCAGGAAAACUAAAGAAAUGAACCUGGCAUUCUUAUCAAAAUGGGGGUGGAAUAUUUUAAACGGAAGCCAAUCUUUAUGCUGCAAAGUGCUGGAGGCUAAGUACCUCAGGGGCAAAGAUUUUCUCUCGUGCAAGUACAAAAAUUCUGACUCCUGGUUCUGGAAGAAUGUUGUGAAAGCUAACUCUAUUUUAAGGAAAGGGGCUUGUAGACUAGUGGCUAAUGGAGAGACUACAAGAAUAUGGCAGGACCCCUGGAUUCCUCACCUAAAAGGUUUCUGUCCGAAACCAAGAGGGGACGCCUCCCCCAACCUCAACAAUGUGGCUGAUCUUGUUCUUGGCAGUGGCCAAUGGGAUAACCAAAAGCUGAACUAUUCUUUUGACAAUGAGACGGUCAAUGCCAUCCUCAAAGGAGGGCAACCCUCUGGUGUCGGGGUUGAUAGAUGGAUCUGGACUCUGGAGAGAAAUGGUCAAUUCUCGACCAAGUCGGCUUACCUUGCUCAAGCCUUGGAAAGAGCUCCCCAAUGUGUUGUCGCCCCCAAGCUGUGGAACAAGCUAUGGAAUAGCAAAGUUCUAGAGAGACAUAAGGUCUUAUGGUGGUGUAUCCUGUCUAGCGCCCUUCCGGUAAGAGCUGUGCUAGGCACUAGAUUCCAUUUGGAAGAUCAAAGCUGUCCCCUCUGUGGUAGGGGGGGCGAAUCCAUCGAACACCUGUUUCUUUCCUGUGAGGUGGCUCUCCAUUUCUGGCGUUCGUCUCCUUGGGGUUGGGGUAUUUAUCCAGUGUGUGAUACAGGAAUUCGAGUCUGGGACUGGGUUAAGUUCAUUUGGGAUCUAAAACAUAAAGGAGUUUGUGUUGAGGAUAUAUUCCUCUACGCUUCUAUUGUAGUAGAUACCAUUUGGAGAGUGCGCAACGAGAAGGUUCAUAAUAAUUACCCUGUUGAUGUUAACAAAUGCAUUGCUAAUAUUUGUAAUUCUUAUGCAGAUAUGUAUGAUUCCUUGCUCCAUAGUCCUCCCCCAGCUUUAAAGGAAACUUGGUCCCCUCCUCCUCAGGAUUGGAUUAAGCUGAAUUGUGAUGUCAAGGUGGGUUUGGACAGCAUGUGCAUAGCGGUUGUGGCGAGGGACCAUCUAAGCAGAGUAAUUAGUGUUCGUACUGCUCGAGAGAAUUUCUCGGACGUUUUGUGUGGUGAAGCGGCGGCCUGUUCUUUGGCGGUGUCAGUUGCUUUGGAUCUUGGCUAUAAGUAUGUAAUAGUGGAGAGUGACUCGAGUGUGGUUAUCAACGCCAUCAAUGGGAAAGAGUCUCGUUGGGCAAUUGAUAAUUACAUCUCCUUUUGUUCUAAGUCAUCCCACGCUUUUAGUAGUUGUUGUUUUUCCUUUAUUAGUAGAUCUUGUAAUUUCGCCGCUCAUAAUGUGGCUAGGUGGGCGUUCUCCCAUCAGACCUUUGGGCCCCUUCCAGUUGACUCUGUCCCGGAAACCCUGCUUUGUAAUGACCGUGAGGUCUAA